AUGAAAAAGUCAACUACCAUAUUUGAUUUUUUCAAAAGAAAAGUUUCAAAUGAUUUAGAAGUUAAUACUAGUGGUGCAACACUGCCAACCACUAAUGUUGAGGAAAAUCCUGAUGUCCCAAUUGAGGAAAAUCUCGACAUCUCAAUUGAGGAAAAUCCUGAUGUCCCUAUUGAGGAAAAUUCUCAAACAAAAUUUCAAAAGGGUCGAAGCUUUCAAGGUUCUUGGUAUGAAGAUGAUCGCUUUAAGUCAUGGCUUGAAUAUUCUCCUAAAAAAGAUGCCGCUUUUUGUCUACCAUGCUUUCUCAUUCAUAAGCCAAUUGGGCAUUACGGACAAAAUGCAUUCACAGUUAAUGGAUUUAAGAGUUGGAAGAAAGUUAGAAAUGGUGAAAGUUGUUCUUUUAGUCUUCAUUUGAGGAAAGAUCUUAACUCCACUCAUAGAAUUGCCCAUAAAGCGUGUCUAGAUUUGAUGAACCAGUCUCAACACAUAGACAGGGUAGUGAGCAAUUUCACUUCAAAAAAAAUUGCAAAUAAUCGAGUACGAUUGAAGGCUUCAAUUGACGUUGUUCGACAUCUUGCCUUGCAAGCUAUUGCUUUUAGAGGUCGAGAUGAAAGCUCUACUUCAACCAAUCAGGGAAACUUUCUUACGACAUUGGAUUUGAUGGUGGGCUAUAAUGAUAUUGUUGAAAUAAUGGCAAAAGCUCCAAAAAAUGCCACCUACACAUCACCUCAGAUUCAAAAAGAAAUUCUACAUGUUAUUUCAACCAAAGUGAAGAAGGCAAUUAGGGAAGAAAUUGGUGAUACAAAGUUUUGCAUAUUGGUUGAUGAAGCUCGUGAUGAUUCCAUGAAAGAGCAAAUGGCUGUGGUUUUAAGAUAUGUUGAUACAAAUGGCUUUGUGCAAGAAUGA